UAAUCCUUCCCGGGACUUGACAGUUCGCUGUUGCGGCAGUAACACAGUCACAGAGAGAUAGAGGGAGAGAAGGGGACAGGCUAGCUAGAUAUUUACAGAUAUUUACCUGUCAAUUCGUUUUAGAUUUGCGGCCGUACAACGUGUCAAUAGUCAGAGACAUCUGUUCAACCGAGAUACGUAUUUUGUGUUAUUCCCGAUUUGGCUAACCAACUGGCUAAUGUUAGCCGUUUCCUGGUUGGAGUUGCAGCCAUUUUGGAUUUUUACCGACGAAAAAGUAUCCGGUCGUGGUUUUUGGGAGCACUGCAAGCUAGCCAGCGCUUCCGCUUCCAUAUCUGAACACCGCUGUUUAUCUGCAGACGGGGGGAAAGGAGACGUUUGACGAGAGGGGAUACACUAUACAACGAGUCAACAAUGAAUCCCGAAUAUGACUAUUUAUUCAAGCUACUCCUGAUCGGUGACUCUGGUGUUGGAAAGUCUUGCCUUCUCCUCCGAUUUGCAGAUGACACUUACACAGAAAGUUACAUUAGCACUAUUGGUGUGGACUUCAAAAUACGAACCAUAGAACUAGAUGGAAAGACCAUUAAACUUCAAAUUUGGGACACGGCGGGUCAGGAGAGAUUUCGUACCAUCACAUCCAGCUACUACAGAGGCGCUCAUGGUAUCAUCGUAGUGUAUGAUGUCACAGACCAGGAGUCCUUCAACAACGUCAAACAGUGGCUACAGGAGAUCGACCGCUACGCCAGUGAAAAUGUCAACAAGCUUUUGGUUGGGAACAAGUGCGACCUGACGACAAAGAAGGUGGUGGAUUACACGACAGCAAAAGAGUUUGCAGACUCUCUGGCUAUCCCCUUUUUGGAAACUAGCGCCAAGAACGCCACCAACGUGGAGCAGGCCUUCAUGACUAUGGCUGCCGAGAUUAAGAAGCGAAUGGGCCCUGGGGCCACGGCCGCAGGAGGGGAGAAGCCCAACGUGAAGCUGACCCCCGGCACCAGCGUCAAGCCCUCGCCAGGAGGAUGCUGCUAAGAGAUGAAACCCCCCCCCCCCCCCCCCCGGGACUCCGUCCCCCUCAAACUCCACUUACCACAACGUAGACAGGACGGGGAGGGGCGUCCCCGCGAGAUCCAGAUGAAGUUGCCCUCAUUUGUACUGUAGUGUAGCUGCACUACCAAAUAAAGGUGUGUGUGUGUGUGUGUGUGUGUGUGUGUGUGUGUGUGUGUGUGUGUGUGUGUGUGUGUGUGUGUGUGUGUGUGUGUGUGUGUGUGUGUGUGUGUGUGUGUGUGUGUGUGUGUGUGUGUGUGUGUGUGUGUGUGUGUGUGUGUGUGUGUGUGUGUGUGUGUGUGUGUGUGUGUGUGUGUGUGUGCGCGCGCGCGCUUUUUUCCUUUCUGUGAAAUCUAUUGCCGGUUGUGGGUCAGCAUGUGUGAGUCGGUCUCCAUUUGAAGGGUGUUUAUUUGGUUCUCAUCAACCUUUGCACAGCAGUGUGCCACCACUGUCUAGCAUCUAAAGUACAACAGAUGUGUGUGCAUCCUUAUGCGUUUUGCCUGUUGUGUAAUGUUCAAUGCGUCAUUGGGCUUGUCUUAACUCUUUAUCUCUGCAUUACAUUUGUGGCUGAAGACAACUGUACGUUUGUUGCUCAACAUGUAACACUUAAAAAAUAAAUCUUGUACUACCAGGCUGUAUGAAAUGGGGGGGUCUGCAAUUCUUGGGCGGGAUUUGUCAAGGGGAAACUAUUUAUUCUCCAUUUGUUUUUGGCGUAUCCUGCCAAGUCAUAGGGUCUGAAAAUUGCUGUGUCAUCACUGUUAAGAGUUCAAAUACAAUGUCCUUGUUUUCUUAAUAAAGGCGACUGAAUUCAGUUGGAAAGGAA